AGAGUAGAGAUUAAGCAAGGGAAGUGUGAGUUAUCAUUUGUCAGAAUUCAGGUCUCCACAUGUGAACAGACAUGGAAAAUGUGGGUAAUGAAAGAAUUCAGGCAAAACCUUACUCAUCCGUCUUUCUGACUUCUGAUUUGAGCUUCUGGCCGAGAUGAACCAGAGAGGAAGAAUGUAAGGAACGAAUUUCCAAUUCUGCUCCAGCGGAAGAAAACAAGGUUUUCCCAAUGGAUUCUCUAACAAAAUCAAUCAACCGUUUUGCCCUGGAAUUUAGCAGAAAAAUAGCUGAAUCUUCUGAGGGCAAAAAUAUUUUCUUUUCUCCCUGGGGCAUCUCAGCCUCCUUGGCCAUGGUGUGUUUGGGGACCAGAGGGAACACUGCUUCCCAAAUAGCCCAGGUGCUUCAAUUUGAUAGAGAUCAGGACAUGAUGUCUUGUCCUGAAAGUAAAAAGAAAAGGAAAGAGGAUUUCAACUUGGGGAAGGUUGAAGAAAUAUGUUUGGAUUUCCAGAAACUCAUCUCUGAAAUCAACAACCCCAGCAAUGCCUAUGUACUUAAAACAGCCAAUGGGCUAUAUGCAGAGAAAACUUAUCCAUUUCAAAAUAAAUACUUAGAAGACAUGAAAACAUGCUUUGGUGCAGAACCACGGUCUGUUAACUUUUUGGGAGCUUCGGACCAAAUCAGAAAGGAGAUCAACGCUUGGGUUGCAAGCCAGACCGAGGGGAAAAUCGUGAAUCUCCUACCUGAUGAUGCUGUAGAUGCUACGACCAGAAUGGUUCUGGUGAACGCCCUUUACUUUAAGGGGCUCUGGGAACAUCAGUUCUCAGUCCAAAACACCGCCGAAAAGCCUUUCAGAAUAAGUAAGACUGCCAGCAAACCAGUGCAAAUGAUGUCGAUGAGAGAAAAGCUUCCCGUUUUUCACAUCGAAGAGCCACAAGCCACCGGCCUUCAACUCUACUAUGAGAGCCGUGACCUCAGCCUGUUCAUCCUGCUGCCAGAAGACAUCGGUGGGCUGGGUCAGCUGGAGGAGGCCGCCACCUACGAGAAGCUGAGCGCGUGGUCCCACGCGGACAUGAUGGAGCUGUACGACGUGCAGCUGCAUCUUCCCAGGUUCAGGCUGGAAGAGACGUACGAUCUCAAGUCAGCCCUGAGAGGCCUGGGGGUGAGCGAUGCCUUUAACCAGGGCAAGGCCGAUUUCUCAGGAAUGUCUGCAGCCAGAAACCUGUUCCUGUCCAAUGUUUUCCACCAGUCUUUUGUGGAAGUAAAUGAACAAGGUACAGAGGCCGCGGCUGGUACUGGGAGUGAGGUGGGUUUUCGAAUCAGACUCCCGUCCAUCGAAUUCAAUGCAGACCACCCUUUCCUCUUCUUCAUCCGGCACAACAAGACCAACAGCAUCCUCUUCUAUGGCAGAUUCUGCUCCCCCUGACCUGCUUCUCCGUCAUCCAAGCCCAUCUUAUGAUGUGAAAAAUUCAUCGUAAGAUGAAAAAACAGUUACAAUAAAAAAUAUUUGUAGUCUGAAUAUUUUUCUCAUUUGAAUAUUAGCAAAUAAAUCUUGAAAUAAUGCAUUCUAGUGAUACAGUAAUACCUUUAUGGCUAGGAGAACGGCAAUCUUAUUUCUACCAUCAAAUGUUUUAAUGUGAUUUUUAUUUACAUUUCAGAAAUACUGUUAUUCAAUUGAAUGCCUCAGAAUCCUUGAGCUGUCUGGUCCCUGUAUUGUCACUUAUAUUUUACAUGCAUCUUGUAGUAAAGAAGAAUCUUUAAAAAGGCAAUGGAUGUAUAAAUAAAUAAGAUUUUUUUCAGAAAUAUAAUUUUGAGAGUUCAUAAAUUACCACUGGAAAAUUAAAUCCCCCUUUUCUGUUAUCUAU